UGCUCUUCUCUGUUGCUUCGGCUGCUCUUCUCUGUUGCACUCUGGUUCCGCCGGAUUCCGUUCGGCCGGAUUUCACUCUAGUUCGGCCGGAUUUCACUUUGGUUGCCCCAGCAUUGGGUUGCUGGGGCAGGGGCUGCUUGGCUGCUCUUCUCGUCUUCAUUCGGCUGCUCUUGGUAAUAUACCAAUGGGGGGGAGGGCGAGUAGUAGGCCUCAUUACUGCUGCUAGCUCCGCCUUUUGAGAGCUCCCAUUAAGCGAGGAGCUGAGAGAGCAGACCUGGCCGGCGUUUGCGUGUGGGAAAGGAGCGAGGAGCUGAGAGAGCAGACCUGGCCGGCGUUUGCGUGUGGGAAAGGAGCGAGGCGUGAAGAGGAGAGAGGAGAGAGGGAGCGUCAAACGGCGUGUGAGAUAUAAAUGGAGGAGAGAUGUGGCGGGCGCGGGAUGGGCUGGUAAAAUCAUCAGUCCAUGUGUGAAAUCGUUGUGUCAGUGUGAAAUCAAGUCCCCAUAAAAAGCCGCGCUCUGCUUCGCCGCGGAAGCCGUUCCCGCUCUGCUUCGCCGCGGAAGUCCGGCCGUUCCCGCCGCUCUGCUUCGCCGCGGAAGUCCGGCCAUUCCCGCUCUGCUUCGCCGCGCAAGCCGUUCCCGCUCUGCUUCGCCGCGGAAGUCCGGCCGUUCCCGCUCUGCUUCGCCGCGCAAGCCCCCAUGCCUCCCGGCAGAAAGAAGCGUCGGGUUCUUCCCAAAAAUUCCGGCGCCGCCAAGCGGAUCCGCAAAGAUGAUCCGCCAGACGACGGCGCCAAACAAGAUGAUCGUCCCCCCUCAAAGAAGGUAUUGGCCACCAAGCGGCGUUGCAAAGAUCCGUCAGAAGAACCCGAGGAUGAAGAUCAUGCCGCGCAAGCCCCCAUGCCUCCCGGCAGAAAGAAGCGUCGGGUUCCGCCCAAAAUUUCCGGCGCCGCCAAGCGGAUCCGCAAAGAUGAUCCGCCAGACGACGGCGCCAAACAAGAUGAUCGUCCCCCCUCAAAGAAGCACACAAAGGGCAAGCAGGUAUCAAGGAACGAGGAUGAGGAGGUAUCCGGGAACGAGGAUGAGGAGGUAUCCGGGAACGAGGAUGGGGAGGUAUCCAGGAACGAGGAUGAGGAAUACAAGGAUGAUGGUGGAAACCAGGAUGAAGACGAUGAUGGUGGACACCAAGAUGAAGAUAAGCAGACAAAGGGCAAGAAAAAGAAAUGUAACAUAGGUUCACAUUGUGAACCUAAUUCCAUCAUUAAGGCAGUUGAUGCUCUAUCAGAUUCUGCAAAAUCAGUAGUGAGAGCUUCUGGUUUUGGUGCCUUUCUUCGGAUGGAUAUUACAACUCUUUAUUCCAUUGAUACUAUCAUGUAUCUGAUGAACAAUUGUGAUGUGAGCUCUGAUGGUGAAUCAUUCACCGUUGUUGUAUCAGAAGACAAUCAAAUAGAGGUCACACCUGAGUUUGUCAAAGAAUGCUUUGGUAUCCCUGAUGGAGACAAAUCACUAGAGGAUCACUGGGGCAAUGAGUACAAUAAGUUUUGGCAACGCAUGAAAGAUCUUGGAUAUGCAGUCACUGCUAAAGUGAACUCUAGAGGUAAAAUUCAAGAGAACAAGAAACUCCCCAUCACCGAGAUAAUCGAAUACAUCAAAACUGUGAAAGAUAAGCAUUCGGAAGCCCGUGCUUUCUUCAUGAUUCUGCUAUGCAAGAUGUUGUUACCCACUCAGAGCAAUGUACCCACUCCGCAGCACGUGGGGAUGUGCUCGUACAUUGAUGAAGCCAAAAGCUAUAAUUGGUGCAAAUAUAUUUGUCAGAAUCUGAAAAGUAAGAUCUCUACAUGGAAGCAAAGGGAGAAACAACCAUCAAAAAUCGAGGGGUGCGCACUUCUGCUGUUGAUGUGUUUGCAUCAAGCUCUUAAGCCGCAACUUGCGCUGGAUGGUACACAAGCUGAUCCACUCAUCAAUCGCUACAAUGACAAAACAAUUGCAAAACUGGUCAAGGGCAUGAAUCUCCGGCAAGAGGUUGUCAAGCACAAGGACAACAUAGUCAAGAAACCAGUCCAGAAACCAGCAUCCCGAAAGCAAAAGGUUGUCCCUCUGCCUGCAACUAAAGGACCUUCCAAAAAUCUAGAGGACCACAUCAUUGAAAUUGCAUCUGUGCAACACUUUCUCAAUGAAAGUGAGGUUGACAAGGAUGAGGAGGGCAUCCUUUUAAAAGAAAUGAAGAGCUGUCAAGACAAGUUGAUGGAAGCAUUAAAGGAACACCAGAUCAAAAAUAACGAAAAUUUAAAGAAAAUUGCGGAGGAACAUUCAUACUUGUCUAAGAUGUACAAAGAAAUCAAACGCAGGCGGGCCCUAGUUGAAGAUGUGAAAAUAGAAGAGCAGAUGAAGGAAAAUUGUGUGGUGGAAAUAGAUGGAGUUCAGAUAAUGGAGGAUAAUUUUGUUCGUAUCUUCGCACCAGGUGGUCAUUUGCACGAUGACGUUGUGGGAGUUCUGAGGUUCAUUUGGAUGAAAUCAUGGGAUGACCAGAUUGUUCUUUCAAUGGGUGCUGUUCCAAAGCAACAGAUUCAGCCAAAGAGUCAGAGCACGUGCUGUUCUUCCAGCCCCACGCCGCUCGUGAUGAGCCGUGAGAAGAAACAAAGAAACGCACACAAAUGGACCCAAGAUGAAGAAGAGUUUGUUAAAAAAGAAGCUUCGAAGUAUCUUAGUUCUCAUGGUGUUCCACCCAAAAGAACUAGAUUGUAUCGUAAUGUUGCAACUUCAGCGAAUAUGUCCAGCUAUGUUCAAUUGGAUGCUAACAAUGUUGAGCAAAAAUUUCGCCAGUACGAGAAGAAAUGGAAUACGCUAGGUCUUAAAGAUACGGCAUACAGUGAGUUAUUCAGCACGUUAUUCGGUGGUCCUAACACUGGAUCCAAAAGUUCAGGUCCAAUAGGUGUUACAAGUUCAGGUCCAUUGGGUGGAUCCAAAAGUUCAGGUCCAAUAGGUGAUACAAGUUCAGGUCCAUUGGGUGUUACAACUUCAGGUUCAAUGGGUGUUAGAAAUUCAGGUUCAAUGGAUGUAUCGAUGAUGCCACCAAAGAAAAGGAUGCUGCAGAGACUGGAGGAGGUCGAGGAACCCGAAGACAUAACAAGUGCAUGCUCUUAUAUGUUUAAACAUAUGAGGGGCUUGUACCCUGGGGAGUGGAACAAACAUCAUUGGGACGAGUAUUAUUUCUAUUCAACGGCACUGCAGGAAACAUCUGUCUUAACUGGGUUUCUUGCAUUGAAGGGCAUGGACUUUGAUAUUAGGCGCUCUUUCCUCCUUUCUAGGCAGGACCAACAGAACCCAUCUGGUGCAUCUUCCUGCUCUUCCUGCUGA